GAGGCGGUGCCGGGUGGACCGUGGACCGCUGGCGGGGCGUGUGCCUCCGGUUCAUCAGUUCGGGCUCCGAAGCUCUGGCUGCCCGCUGCGCUCCGGUUCAGCGAUCAGAGGCAGGCGGCCGCUGCUAGACCCACAUCCACGCGUGAUCAGAGGAGCCGCUGUGUUUUGGAUUUACCGUGGCGUGGCGUGGCGUGUCCUCCGGCUGAGGCGGAGAGACUGAACCGCAGACCCAGAACCCACCCAACGGUUCCACGGCCACAGCUGUCACGCAGGAUCCAGAUAAAACCUGAAGAGCAAAAACAAGCCUGACAAGGAACAAGAAGAGUGGGAAAUAAAACCAAACUGAAUAUGGAGGAGAAGAAAGGAAGAUUUGGGGGUUUGUAGUCCAACAAAAAGGAAAGAAUGGUGAAAUAAAGCCACAAGGCUGUGUGGAACAGCAGCAGACUUACAGGGAAAACAUCUGGAUGAAGGAGCAGCCAGCAGCUUCCUGCCCUACAAAGAUGGCCUCCAACUUCAGUGACAUCAUCAAGCAGGGCUAUGUGCGAAUGCGGAGCCGGAAGCUCGGGAUCUAUCGCCGUUGCUGGCUGGUGUUUAAGAAGUCAUCGAGCAAAGGACCCCGCCGUCUGGAAAAAUAUCCCGAUGAGAAGGCUGCCUACAUCAGAGGAUGUCCUAAGGUAACAGAAAUCAGUAACGUCAAGAACGUCACCAGGUUACCUCGGGAUACAAAGCGACAGGCGGUAGCCAUUGUGUUCACUGAUGACACUUCACGCACCUUCACCUGUGAAUCAGAGCUGGAGGCAGAAGACUGGUUCAAGAUGCUCUCAAUAGAGUGCCUUGGUUUGAGGCUGAAUGACAUCAGCAUGGGAGAACCUGACCUCCUGGCUGCUGGAGUGCAGUGUGAACACACAGAGCGUUUCAGCGUCUUUCUCCUCCCCUCUCCCACCCUGGAUAUCUACGGGGAGUGCAUGAUGCAGAUAACCCAUGAGAACAUAUACCUGUGGGAUAUCCACAACCCUCGCAACAAACUGGUCACCUGGCCCCUCUGCUGUCUCCGCCGCUAUGGACGUGAUGCCACUCGCUUCACUUUUGAAGCCGGACGGACUUGUGAUAGUGGUGAAGGCCUCUACACCUUCCAGACCAACGAGGGUGAGCAGAUCUACCACAGGGUCCACUCUUCUGCUUUGGCCAUUGCUGAACAGCACAAAAAGGUCCUGCUGGAGAUGGAAAGAAACAGAAGGCUGCUGUCCAAGGACUCACAUGCUGGCUCCUAUCCAUGUACCCCAACUGCCAUCCUACCCAGAUCUGCCUACUGGCACCACAUCACUGGAAACCAGACCGGCAUGGACCAUGGCAAUGGUGAUGUUGCAGAGGACCAACUACUGUCCACACAUCGAGCCCCUGGGCGUCACCCUACCCUUCCUCUGAAGGCACAGUCGCUGUCACAUCUACACACCAGCCUACCUUUCCAGGACAGUGACGGACACACAUACAGAGGAGGAUGUGCACACGGGGACAUGCUGUGACGACACUCAUCUUUGCGGUCCCUAAUGCUGCCGUUUGAUGCAGUGCCAUCCAGCUUUAGAUGAGGGGACCACGUCCAUGUGGAGCUGACCCCAUUGGGCUUCGCAUUCUGAGUGUCAAAGCGUCAGCUUUACAUGCCUAUGGGAGAAGGCGUUAAGUUUUCACAUCCGAGUGUUCGACACUGGAGUUCAGUUAAUCGAACCUUUGCCGCUGGAGGCCAGAGCGUCAACCAAUCAGAAAAGCUAAUGCGGGUGGUUUUUGGGGAGACAGACACUACCUGCAAGCUGCCAUCGGUUCUGCAGACAUUCUACAUAUGAAAAAUAAAUGAAUAUCAUUGGAGUUCAACUCCAAAGGUUAAAAUAAAGCCACAGAAGGAACAGAGAGCAGCUCUGAUCAUUAUUGCUGAACUAAAACAUUUUUAUGAACUAUGGAGAAACAGUUUGUAAAUAUCCAAAUUCCCUAGAAAUGUUAAAACCUGCUGAUGAAAAAUAUUCAAUUGUGUAUUUUGGUUCUUGUUCACUAAAAACCUUGAAAACUCUAUUCACUUCCAGCCGCUACGAACGGCAGGAGGAAAUCCUCCACAGGCUGGCCGCAGCAGAGAGCUUUCAGCAGGGAUUUCCAGCGCUGCCUCCCAGUGGUAUGCUGGAGGUCUGGAGCUCCCAACAAGAGCUGCAGAUUAUAGUGGGAUUACAAUCCUGAUAAACCAAUGAACAGAGGAUGUUUGGAGGUGGACUUUCUCACUUAUAAACGUGCUUAAAACUAUUUUUUCAACUCAUAAUGUAAAUAAAGCCACUGCACCACGAUGUUUCACAAAUUUCUGCGUUUGCUAGUUUUCGACGCUCAAAACGCCUUAAGUGUGAACGCAGCAUUAGUUUUCCCUUGGGCCAAACAAUCUACAUGUGCCUGUCUGGAGCGAUGGCUGGGUGAGCGCUACUUUGUGUUUCAGACAAUGUGGCUCUGUCAAAUUGGAAGUUCGACAGAGUAACACGUGGACCGAUGCUGCAAGGUGCCUUACCAGAACCGAAUGGAUUCUCCUGUCCCUAGAUUGGAUUUUUAAUCCAGAGGAUCCACAGCUUUUCUUUGAAGCCAUCACGUCACCUUUCAGGUACGGGAUCACUGCAUGGUGUUUAUAAUCUCUAAGAGCUGCAGAUGCUGAUUUACAUUGAGGGGUGGCCGUCUGUGUGGCUGAAGAACCUCAGUGAUGAAUAUCUGCAGGUUUAUAACCAGUAGAGACUGGUAAGAUUUUAUUAAUUUUAUAUAGAUCUGUAAUCCAGCUGCAAGGAUUAAGGUAAUAAAGCAUCAAAGCAACGCUUCAGUUCACUUCAGGCUUGGAAAAGCUUUUCAAAAUGACUGAAAUCAAUUAAAGUUUGACUUAAACUACAAACUCUGAGGAGCUUCUGCCACUUUUAUUCAGUUCUAAAUGUUGGCUGGAGGUUAAAAAUUAUCUAUUACUACGGACAUCUAAGCAGCAGGAACACCCAGAGGAUAGCAGAGGCCCACUGGAAAAUCCAAAGAGCUCUAAUAAUGACCCAGUCAUGUGCUUAAGGAAACAGAGGACUGAUGAAUCAAUAGAGGGCUAAACAUUCCUUUGUUCUGCAACUUGUUUCAGCUGCUUUUUGUGCUUCCAGUCUAUGCAGAGCUGUUUGUAAAGUUAAUCCAUCAUAAAAUUAGGAGCAAUAUUUAUGGUUAUUUAACCAGUUUUAAGAGAAAAAUAAGGUUAUUUUUUCCACUUUGUCAUUCAUUCAUUUAUAAAAAUCAAAGUUCCAAACUAAAUAUUUAGAUU